UUUUGACGCAUAUCUCGUGAUUAUUGGCGUUUAUCAUGCGAAAGAUAGUGUUUGACAGUGUGUAAUUUUGAGGUUAUUUAAAACUCAAAACUAUCUACGUUAUUAUUUACAAACUCGUGCUGUAUUAUAUUGUGUCAUAUAACGUAAAAGUUAUUACUAUUUCUUUUAAUGAACAGUAUAAUUAUUCGAAAAUAAUGUAGCUGUGAUGCAUUCAUCGAUUAUCAAGAAGAUGAUGUUUUCUUUAGCGAACAAUGUCUUUUAGAAUAAAUUUCUUAUAUUUUGUGUAAUGAUAUAACUGCAUUUACGUUAACGAAAAUGGCACUUGUCAAUAUCGAAGGAAUUGAUCCUUGGCUUACUGAAUAUGACGCAUGUGAAAAAUUGUUCCGUGAGAUUAUGGAACAGCUUACACUGCGUGAAGAAGAACCAAGGACAUCAAAGCUCUAUGCCAGCUUGUCUGCUAAUAUAAGACUGCGUAUGAAACAAUAUACGCGGGAAGUUCAGCAAUUAAAAAGCAAAGUGGAAGAAGCAUCCAAGUUGAGAACAAUAACACUUGAGGAGGCUGAACGUAGAACAAGACAAGUGGAACAAUUACAAAGUAAAAACAUUCAAUUACAAAAAUUGUAUGAACCGCAUACAAAUGAUUAUGUAUCGUCGCGUGCUAGUUUAUUAAGAGCAGGUUCAUCAGCUUUUGCCGAUGGUGGCACAACUUCAUGGGCUGUUGAUGAUGAUGAUGAUGAUGACAAACCAUUAAAUGUACAGGUGUCUGUUAGUGACAUUAUGAAUCAUCAAGAGCAAAUAUUGAAAGAACAAGAUAAGGGCUUAGAAGAGUUAUGUAAAGUAAUUACUCGUCAGAAGGAGAUUGGACAAACUAUUAGCAAUGAAGUGGAGCAUCAACAUGAAAUAAUUGAUGAUCUGGCGGAUCAUAUGGACAGGACUGACGAGUCUUUGAUCAACAAAACCCAGCAGGUCCGUAAUAUUCAUUCCAAAGAUCGUACAUGUGGUUAUUGGAUUGUGAUAAUUUUACUUUUUAUCGCUAUUGUUGUUAUUGCUUUAGUAUAAUAAAUUAGAUAUUCAGUGGAUUAUUUUGUUUAUAUUUA